AUGCUAGGCAAUAGUCCUUCUAAUAUUCACCAAGUCACCAACUAUUAUAACACUCAGGUAAACUUUCGAAAAAGUCAAAUUCAUGGCUCAAUGUUUCGAGUGACCAAAAUUGUGCAAGAAAUUUUGAAAGAAGUCGAGAUAUUGGAGCCGAGAUUCAUUUCGACUCUCAUUGAAACAAAUGGACGUUUUGAAGGAGUGAUUGUACAUUCACCUCAUGAAUUUGAAGUGGUACUAUUUCUGAAUCAAAUGGGCGUUUUCAACUUUGUUGAUGAUGGCUCAAUUCCCGGAUGUGCUGUGCUCAAAUUGAGUGAUGGUCGGAAAAGAUCAAUGUCUUUAUGGGUGGAAUUCAUCACAGCAAGUGGUUAUCUAUCGGCGCGCAAAAUGAGAAGUCGUUUUCAAACUCUUGUUGGACAAGCAAUCGAGAAGCCAGAGUUCAGAGAUUACUGCAAGUUGGUGCCUGAGAGCUCGGAUGUUAGAUUGAGGGUUGAGGGGGAAUUUAUCGUUCAAAUCACAUGCGCAUUCAAAUGCAAUGGGAUUUGGCCUCGAUCAGCUGCCCACUGGCCGAACUCAUCGAUUCCCUGGCCAAAUCACGCGAUGGCAUCUGAUGUUAAACAAGAAGGCUUUGAUUUGACGAGUAAAGACACAAUUCCAUCAGGAAUCCUCCAAAAUAAACAGGCAAAUUCAAUGGAAGGUGAUGCCUGGGCGAUGUGUUUUUCUGCCGCUGAAAAUAUCAUCUUGACUGGGAAUCGUCGAAAGGCUUUAUCAAUUUUGAAGUGUCUUCGGGAUAAACAUUUGGAAUUCCCGGGUACUCCAAUCACAGCGUAUAUUCUGAAAACUCUCGUCUUAUUCGAAUGUGAAAAACACAGCAAUGAUUAUGAGUGGGAAGAUGUCUGCAUUGCAGAUCGAUUGAUCGGUGUCCUACUUCAAUUGGUUUCAUGUCUACAAUGUCAUCGCUGUUCUCAUUAUUUUCUGCCACAACUCGACUUGUUAAGAGGAAAACCAGUACAAUUGCUCGAUGAAGGAGCACGAAAAGCUUGGCGUCUUGUUCGUACUCUCAUGCUCAACUCACGUGCACUAGAAACUUUA